AUGGCUGUUCCACGGGCCAAUUUCCGCGCCAUCUCAUGGGCCGCACAGUUCCUGGCCUACAGAAGACCCUCAUGGAAGUGUGCAUCUUGCAAGGAUGUCCGUCGUACUGCUGCUGCUCCGCGGCGGAGAUUCGCAACGGCUGCGGAGGCUUCUCCGCAAGAGUCAAAGAAGCCCUACUAUGUAACAACGCCCAUCUUCUAUGUCAAUGCAGCUCCUCAUAUUGGCCAUCUAUAUACAAUGAUCAUUGCCGACGUCUUAAAGCGAUGGAAGGUACUUCUCGGUGAGACUGACGCUCGAUUAUUGACUGGAACAGAUGAGCAUGGAAUGAAGAUCCAGCAGGCCGCACUCGCAGCGCGAAUGGAAACCCAAGCUUUUUGCGAUAUGAAUUGCAAGACAUUCCAGGCACUGGCAAAAGCUGCGAAUCUGAGUAACGAUUACUGGAUACGCACGACGAGUCCGGAGCACAGGACAGCGGUCGAGUACUUCUGGGAAAUGUUGGACCACCGGGGUUAUAUCUACACUGCAAAACACGAAGGAUGGUACUCCGUCAGUGACGAGACAUUCUACCCACAGUCACAGGUGCAUAUGGCUUUAGAUCCAUCUACCGGAAGAAAAAGGAUGGUAUCAGUCGAAACUGGAAAAGAAGUGGAAUGGUCGUCUGAAACGAACUAUCACUUCCGCUUGUCUGCCUUUCAAGAGCGCCUUCUACAUCUCUACAGCAAGGAGAGGGAGUUUAUAAUUCCAUAUCACUAUAAGACGAGUAUUGUCAAGUCUGUAUCCUCGGGUCUCCAGGAUCUCUCCAUUUCCAGGCCUGCAGAGAGACUAACCUGGGGCAUUCCCGUCCCCGGUGAUGACACACAAACCAUCUAUGUCUGGCUGGACGCUCUUGUAAACUACCUGACCAAAGCAGGAUACCCUUUCCCUCCCGGUCAAGGAAGCAAAAAUGGAUGGCCGGCGAAUGUCCACGUCGUUGGGAAAGAUAUCACUCGUUUCCAUUGCGUCUACUGGCCAGCGUUCCUGAUGGCCCUUGACCUCCCUCUCCCACAUAAUGUCCUUGUCCAUGGUCAUUGGACUAUGAAUCGGGAGAAGAUGUCCAAGUCAACUGGGAAUGUCGUUAACCCUUUUUUCGCUAUUGAUCGAUUUGGUGUUGACACCAUGCGUUUCUUCCUAACCUACCAAGGAGCCUUGACAGGCGAUGCCGACUAUGACAACGAGUAUAUCGUGCGUGACUAUAAGAAACUGCUCCAGGGCGGGAUUGGAAACCUGGCACACCGGACCAUAGGGAUUGCAAAGGGGAACUUGCGGUCGUACAUCCUUGCCGCUGCUUCCGAUACACUCCCAGCACCAACUGCCAGGGACCUUGAGUAUCAAUCACAACUCCGUGAAAUACCCGCCUGUGUGGCCGCGGAAAUGGAGUCCCUAAACCCCCGCGGAGCACUGCAGCGUAUCAUGUCUAUAGUAGAAUUGGGUCAUAAGUAUUUCCAUAAUGCGCAGCCAUGGAAAAACCCUGCAGAGUCGCUACGAGUGAUUUACAACGCCAGCGAAUCAGUUCGAAUUGCUUCCAUCUUGUUACAGCCAUUCAUGCCUUCCAAGGCCCAGGAGCUCUUGGACAAUUUGGACGUUGAGCCUUCCAAGAGGGGAUUCUCCGAUGCGGCGUAUCAAGCAGAUUCUACCUACGGAGAGAAUGUCCAAAAGAGGAUUGUCUUCCCCAAUCUCCUCGCCGAGCAUUAG